CCUGUGUUCAGCGUGAACCAGCGCGCGGCUCUUCAGUCCCCCCCCCCCUUCAUGGCUGCAGCGGCGCCCACUCAGCCGCUCGUGUGGCUGCUCCUGUGGCUCUGCGUCCGGCCGUUCGGGACCUCGAACACCCGAGUUUCUCUGGGCGAUGACGUCCUGUCGCCGUACGCCGGCGGUCAUGGCCCCGCCCACUCCCACCGCCACGUCAGAGACUGCCAGCCCGCCGUUCACGGCAACGUGACCCACGAGACCCGGCCCGCCUCCACCAGCGGGGGCGGGGCGGCGUCGGUGGCCGAGUCCACGGUGUUCGUGUCGGACGUCCCGGGGAGCUCCAGGCGGGUUUACGGUCACGUGACGGUGGUCCGCGACCCUCUGAGGACGCUGUCGGUGCUGGAGCCCGGCGGUCCGGGCGGUUGCCGCGGGAACCGGAGCUCCACGGUGGAGGAGACGGCCGGCCGCUGCCUGUACGCCCAGAACGCCGGCUUCUUCCUGCCCGACACACACGAGUGUCUGGGCAACGUGGUGAGUGACGGCCGGCCGGUGAGGGACAGCGGGGGGGUCCAGAACGCCCAGUUCGGCAUCCGGAGGGACGGCAGCCUGGUGUUCGGGUACCUGUCCCAGGAUGAGGUCCUGGACCGGUCCAACCCGUUCGUCCAGCUGGUCAGCGGCGUGGUGUGGCUGUUGAGGAGCGGAGAGGUCUACAUCAACCAGAGCCUGCAGGCCGAGUGUGACAAGACGCAGAAGACGGGGCGUUUUCGCACUUUUGUGGACGUGGUGUCGGCGAGGACGGCGGUGGGCCACGACGGUGAGGGUAACGUGGUCCUGUUUCACAUCGACGGGCAGACCGGAGUGAGGGGUAUGAAUCUAUGGGAGGUGGCUGAGUCUCUGAAGAGCUACGGAGUCAUCAACGCCAUCAAUCUGGACGGAGGCGGGUCCUCCACCUACGUGGCCAACGGCUCCUUGGCGAGCUACCCCUCCGACCUCUGUAUACCAGACGGCAGGUGGCGCUGUGCUCGGGCCGUCUCCACCGUCUUGUGCGUCCACCCGCGGCGCUGCGAGCCGGCGGACUGCGGCGGACACGGAGACUGCGCGGACGGACGCUGCCGGUGCCGGCGCGGCUGGCGGGGCGCCGGCUGCGACUCCCCGGACUGUCGGCCCGAGGCCUGCGGGCCUCACGGGGUCUGCACCGCCGAUGGUUGUGACUGUGAUGCUGGAUGGAGAGGAAAGAACUGCAGCCAAGUGUGUCCUCUGGGGUUCUUCGGUGCCUCCUGCUCUGAGGAGUGUCUCUGUGAUGACCAGUGUCCAUGUGACCCGCAGACAGGAAGCUGCAACGCCACCCUGCGAGGAGAGGCCAACUAUACGUUACACGGAGCUGGACGAUGUUUGGCCAAACAGAUGUUUACACUUUGGAGACGAGACGAAGAAGCUCGGAGAGAGCAGCCUCGUCUGACAGAGCCGACCUGGCUGACCAUCACCUUCGCUCUGGCCUCUCUGCUGCUCGCCAGCCUGCUGCUCCACCUCGUCCGGGGGCGGUGCGGCGCGGCGGCUCCGGACAUCGAACACCCGGAGUACUCCUACGUCCCGCUGACCCGCAUCAACGGAGCGGCUUCGCAUGCCGGAGCCCACGCCGGGAAACCCGGUUCGGCGUUGGACGACUCGGACUCUCAGGACGACACCUGGUCCCCGUCGGACUCGGCGAGGUCGUAGCGACGAGUGAGGACGAGUGAGGACGAGUGAGGGAGGACGAGUGAGGACGAGUGAGGGAGGACGAGUGAGGACGAGGGAGGACGAGUGAGGGAGGACGAGUGAGGACGAGUGAGGACGAGUGAGGGAGGACGAGUGAGUGAGGACGAGUGAGG